AUGUUUACUGUGGCAUCUAUUUUACUUGUUGGAGGACUUGCAGAAGGCUACUGGAUAGGAAAGAAGCCUGAAAAUGACCACUCGGUGACCAGACUAGAAGAUAUUGUUGUUCCUCUACAGUAUGCAACAGAAGCAGUAGUGAAUCAGGGUAUUGAGAAGAUCUCGAAUAUAGUAGGAUUGGACAAUAUCAGUGUUUCCAAGGGAGAGAUCGAGUCACAUUCGGGAGAUCCAUCUGGAUUUGUACCCCCAAAGGUCAAUGAAAGACCUUACUGCGUUGUAUUUCCAAGCACCGUAGAGCAGGUUUCAAAGAUAGUCAAAGUAUGCUAUGAGUUGCACAUUCCUGUGAUUCCUUAUUCUGGAGGAACCUCUAUUGAAGGCCAUUAUGUUCCUACCAAAAAGGGAAUUAGUGUUGAUCUGAGCCAUAUGAACAAGGUUUUGGCCUUACACGAAGAUGACCUCGAUGUAGUUGUCCAACCAGGUAUCGAAUGGAUGCAACUCAAUGAGGAGCUGCGUCCUCACGGUUUGAUGUUUGGUCCCGAUCCUGCUCCUGGAGCUAUGAUUGGAGGAAUAAUCUCAACCAACGCUUCUGGUACAAAUGCCUUCAAGUUUGGAGGUGCCAAAGACAACGUUAUAUCCUUGAAAGUAGUUUUAGCCGAUGGAACCAUCAUCAAGACCAAAAAUAGAUCCCGAAAAUCAUCGAACGGUUAUAACUUGACCAAUUUAUUCGUUGGUUCUGAAGGUACUCUUGGUAUUGUAGUGGAGGCCACUCUCAAAUUGUAUGCUUUACCCAAGAAAGAGGCCAUAGCCUUGAUGAACUUCAGAAAUAUCGGUGAUGCUACUAGAACCGUGACGGAUUUGGUCAAAAAUGGGGUCAGUUGCAAUGCCAUAGAGUUGAUGGACGAUCGACAGAUGCGUGCAGUUGUUGAAAUGGGCUCUGGGGGAUCUCGUAAAUGGGAGCCUUAUCAUUUAUUACUGAUGAAAUUAGGAGCAUCAUCUGAUUCGUCACUCAAAGAGAUGGUUAAAUCAGUUAAGUCAAUUGGAAAGAGUAACAACGGCUUCAAUUUUGAUGUGGCUACAGACGAGGAAGAGAGAGACAACAUCUGGCACGUUCGGAAGACAUUACUAUGGAAUUCCUUGAACUGGGCAAAGAAGAUUAAGCCCAUGGCACAUAUUUUACCUACAGAUGUUUGUGUUCCUGUCUCUAAACUCCCUGAACUCCUUAGUAAAGUGAUGGAAAAGAUGGAUAAGGCUAAUUUGUUGGCAACGGCAGCAGGACACGCAGGAGACGGCAAUGUUCAUGUUCUUGUAAUUUAUGAGCCCGAUCAAUUUGAAACAGCACAUAAAUUAAUUAAUGAAAUGUCCCGUAUAGCCAUUGAACUUGAUGGCACUAUUUCUGGAGAGCAUGGAAUUGGAGUCAGUGAUAAAAGAGAGCUUCUUGUGGAAGAAUUAGGAGAAGAUACCAUUGGUACUAUGCGUAGUAUUAAGUUUGCACUAGAUAAGAGAGGUAUUAUGAAUCCCGAUCAUAUCUUUAAGAUAGAUCCAACAGAGAAAAGACGUCCUUAUGAUGAUGAGUAG